GGUUUCUCCUCUUGGACAAAUCACAAGGCUUCUGGGUGAUUCACAGCGUGCCCCUAUUCCCUCCCAUCCCUGAGGACGGUUACGGGUAUCCAGCUACUGGGGAGUUCUAUGGACAGACAGCCAUCUGUAUAACCUUCAAAUACGACCAGUUCACAGAAAUAGACCAACAGAUGCUGAGCAAUAAUCCUGGAAUCUACAGCUGUUCCAUCCCCCACAUCUUCCAAGCUGACCUCCCAAUUCUGCAGAAGCUCUGUGCAGGGUCCAGGCUGCCCUCGGGCCCUUUGCGCCACCUUUCCAAACUCCAGUCAGCUGAUGGGGAAACCUUCCUGCACUUUGCCAAGUCACACUUGUUCAUAGAUGAUAUCUACGUGGCCUGGGUGGCUCAGGAACUGAAGACCGAUUUGUUGGCUGAAUCCUGGCAGCAUUCCGGCCAAAAACUUCCCUCAAACUGCUCUCUUGACUACCAUGUCUACAACAUAAACCUAAUAGGGACACCAUUGAAUUCCACCUUUUAUUCCAUUAACGAUCAUUCCAAAUGGGCUGUGUCAAGGGAAUACAAAGAUCAGUGGACCUGCAUCGGAGACUUAAACCGCGCUGCCGAGCAAGCUUGGAGAAGUGGUGGGUUCAUCUGCACGCAGAACGAACACAUCUACAAAGCCUUCAGACCUUUGAUAAUCCACUAUGAAAGUUGCACCGAUGCUUCCACGUCGAUCUAA